AUUUUAUUUUCUCUAACUUAUUUCAAUUGAGUAUUUUAAUUACUUGUGAUUAAUCUCAAAGUGCCAGUGUUAGGGCAGAAUUCGUUUGUGACAGGAGACACGGGGCUAUGCUAUGACGGAGCAGUUGGUGAGAGAAUGGCUAGCAGACUACGCUGCCCUGAGUCCAGCCGAGGUACACACGUUUGCUGUAACUGUUCACCACAACGCAGAGAUUAUAGCAGCCAUAUACAACGUCCUUGAGGAGAGGCACAAAUAUCACUCACUGAUAGACCCAGUGUGUACUGCACUCUUUGGCUUCUAUCGGUCUAGAGAAGAAGACCUGCAGAGAUUCACAUUGCUCUUCCUCCCCACCCUUGUCUAUGUCUACCUCAAUGCCGUCGCUCACAGCGAGAGUAAGAGUUGUCGAGGAGUGGAAGCGCUGCUGGUCGGCAUAUACAACCUGGAGGUGGUCAACGAGAAGGGACAGCCGAGGGAAAUAUCAUUCCGUCUGCCCUCCCUCGCACAAGCUUCCAUAUACCACGAGCCGAUGAGUCUUGCCCCGGCCUCACUGACAGAGGCUGCACUACGUAGACUAGAGGAGUGUAACACUAAGCUGGUGAGGUGGGGCCCUCUGCCUCAAAUGGACCAUCUACUAGCUCAGAACAGACUGGUUGUGAUGACCGCGCUGCUCUACGUCUACAACCGCAACCUCAGCAUGUUGCCCAAGACCGCUUUAGAGUACUUGUGUAAAGUCACGUCCAAGCUGGUGACGCAGGGGUUCAGCAAGGCUGGCAAGAGAGUUUCAUACGGGACUGAGGUACCGAGAGUGUUACCCAGAAUCCCAGUGUCUUCCCAGAUGCUGCAACAGCUUCUGCACAGUGUCUACUACGCAAUGUACAAUGACCACGGUUACAUGGCUGUCCAAGCCAUAGAAGAUAUCCACCAGAGAGCGUGUUACCAGUGUUAUACGGACGUUCUGUUAGUCACCAACGCCAUCAAGAACUCGGCCCACUUCAUUCACUCAGGUCAACCCAGUGAUGCUCCUAUGGGUAUCAGUUUAGCCAUUUCUCCAGCCACUACCACCACUACUGUGUCAAAGUCUAUGAUCACCAAUGCUUCCUUCCGCACCAAGAAACUUCCAGAUGACAUUCCAAUCCAGAUGGCCAAGGCCGAAGGAGAUUCCACAGCUCUCGGAGCGAUCACGGAAGAGAAGGAGGAGGGGGUAGGUAGUAAAGGCGAGUCAACUCCCGAGAUAGCUCCACGACGCAGCUUACCCAAGAUGGCCGUCAACUUCGGCAAGAAGACAAAGGAGAAACUCACCAUAAAAUCCUCGAGUUCCAAUCCCAAGUCUAAACCGUUAGUGAACGGUUCCGGAGACCUCUGCGAAGAAGAGAACGGCGACUUGGCUACGGAGCUGACUCCACUCUCGGGAGAAAACGGAACGGAAAUAUCAACACCCGUCAACUUGCGCAAGUCUAGUGGAUCCACGAUCGAACUGGAACCAACGCGAUCCAUGCAAGUCAGUUCCGUUUAAUUUAGUGUUAAAUUAUGCAUUACUGUGUCAUAUUGUUUACUUUUGAUCAAAAAUGUGUAUCUAAGUAAAGCAAUAAGGUGUUCCAGGCGAUUUCCCUUAUGAUGAAUUGUUGCUAUUCAUUUAUGCGCUCUUUAGUAAAAUAUUUCAAGUAAAUUAUUAUUUACCCUUCUCUAUUUCUGUAAUUAGAUUGACUUGUUUAAAACGGGGACAGUUGAAAGGAUAGUUUGCCUGGGUUUCUAUACUGUACAUCUUUGUGUAAAAACAUCCAUUCAGUGGCUUAAAAAAAUGCGUAGUAAAAGGGUUUUAAAGCUAACACUACUGUACAAAACAUAACAAAUAUAUUUAUUGCAACAAUUCGUUAUGACUCUAAAAAUCACAUAAUUUGAAGUUUCCUCUUGGCGCUUGGAGAUGUUAAAAGACUUUUAUCUGUGGGAUGUCGAUUGGCAACGACCUGAAAUCAAGAAUAGUAAAUGUAAUAAACAGUUGCAACGAUUGGUUAUAUUCCGUUCACACAGCUAACGACUAACGGAAAACUGAUUUUAUAACUACUGUUGGAUAUGUUACAGUAUUAAGGGUAUUAACAAUAAUUUCUGUGUCUAUUUUCAUGUAAAAUGUAUAUUUAGCUAGGAAAGUGUGAGUUUUAAAAACAUUUCUCAUGCUUGUUUUUUUUUAACAAUGUUAUGAUUUAAAGAAUACUAUAUAACUAAUAAGUAUUUUAUUUAAUCAAUCAAGUCAAUCCAAUUAGCAAUUACAGCAGACUCUAGAUUAUCUAAGGUAACUUAGCCAUAUGUACACAGGAAUCUCUGUAUACAGUGCAUCUCAGUUAACAAAAUUAGGGAUGAAGACCUCUCAAAAUUGUCUGGCAAAAUAUAUUCCCGAUCUUAAGUACUUGUUCCAACUAAUUGUUAGGAUUUUUGAUGAGGUUACAAGUAAAAAUAAUGUCGGUGCAAUUGUGGGAAAAAGUAACAAAAGUGCCCUGAGCACAGAUUACAGUCAUUUUUUUGUCAAAUAUGGCAAAAUCUUUACCCAAGAUUUUAAAAACAAACUAAAGUUAUCCUUGUUGCAGAGGAAGGAAAAUCCUGUCCCCUUUUCGUCCUGAAAAUCAGGAAGGAAAUGCAAAUCUUUUCCUUCACAAGAAAGUAUAAUCCCAUCCAUCCCUAGACAUGCAUAAUUUGGGAGUAAACAAUUUACCGAGUAUUUUGUGGGAAAGAGAUGAGGAAAAAGAUUUGUCUAGCAUUGCAAAUAGAAAAUACAUCUUGAUGUUCUAACAUUCAAUAGAUAAUCAGUUUGCCUCUCGUUUGUUGCCCAUUCUUUGCGCGACUUCAGUGUUCCCAGUAACAUCGUCAUUACCGGUAGUCUAUGCAAAGUGGGAUGUCUUUUUUUUGAACUUUCUUGAUUCGAAAACUUCUUGGAUUCAAAUUUUUCUCUCCGUUUCUAGAACUUGAUGAAAUCAGACUCCAAAUAACGUGAGUAGUUUGUUUAUAAUUUGAGAUAUUAAAAUUUUUUAGAAAAUUAAAGUAUAACAAAUGGAUUCAACGAAACUAAUACUCGGGAAACUGGCAUCUAAACCUAGUGAUGUAAAAUUCCCUGGAAUUUAAUAUCGCGGAAAUAUUCCCAGGGAAUAUUGCCGGCAAUAUUCCCAAAAUUCAUAAAUUCCCGGGAAUUUAUUUUUAAUUAGCAAGGUAGGUUUAAAAACUGUUACUUAAUAGUUAAAAGCCAUAAUUAUAAGGUUAA